CUCUGACAAUCUUUCAACUCUUCUGUGUAUAUAUAAUGACUCUUGGAUUCAUUUUCUAAGAACAAGAAAAAAGAACCUAACCAAGAAGAAGAAGUAAGAAGAAGAUCAUUUCGAGCCUGAAUCGCUAAAAAUGUCAGGGAUCGAAGCUUCGUACAGAAAAGGAAGGAAGGUAGUGGUGAUCGGCGGCGGAAUCGCCGGCUCCCUCGCCGCGAAACUGCUUCAGUUCGAUGCUGACGUCACCCUCAUCGAUCCGAAGGAGUAUUUUGAGAUCACGUGGGCGAGCUUGAGAUCGAUGGUGGAGCCUUCUUUUGCAGAAAGAACACUUAUCAACCACAAGAACUACUUCAAGAACGGCCGUGUAGUUACUUCUCCGGCGGUCAACAUCACGGAGAGCGAUGUAGUGACUGCAGAUGGAGCCGUGGUUGGAUAUGAUUAUCUAGUGAUUGCUACUGGUCACAACGACUUGUUCCCCAAAACAAGACAAGAGAAGCUCUCACAAUACCAAACAGAAUAUGAGAAGAUAAAAUCUUCUGAAUCAGUUCUGAUUGUUGGUGGAGGACCGUCCGGUGUGGAGCUUGCUGCAGAAAUAGCAGUUGAUUUUCCGGAGAAGAAAGUCUCACUGGUGCACAAAGGACCAAGACUGCUUGAGUUUGUUGGAGAAAAAGCUGCUCACAAAGCAUUUGACUGGCUAGCAUCAAAGAAAGUGGAGGUGAUACUGAACCAGUCUGUGGAUUUGAAUUCAGCUUCAGAUGGGAACAAAACAUACCGGACUUCAGGAGGAGAGACUAUACACGCAGAUUGUCAUUUCCUCUGUGUUGGGAAGCCUCUGUCUUCUCAAUGGCUUACUGGGACUGUUUUGAAAGAUAGCUUGGAUGGUAAAGGAAGAGUUGUGGUCGAUGAGCACUUGCGGGUUAAGGACCGAAAGAAUGUAUUCGCCAUUGGAGAUAUCACUAAUAUCCCUGAGAUGAAGCAAGGAUAUAUAGCAGAGAUGCAUGCUAAUGUAGCUGUGAAGAACAUUAAGGUAAUGAUGUCUGGUGGGAACAAGAAGAAGAUGUCGACAUAUAAGCCCGGAUCAGAGAUGGCCAUUGUUUCUUUAGGAAGAAAAGACUCGCUGGCUCAGUUUCCGUUUGCGACAGUCAUUGGUUGUCUCCCUGGUUUGAUCAAAUCGAAGGAUCUAUUUGUUGGGAAGACGAGGAAGACAAGAGGGCUAGACCCUAAACGUGUUCGAGAUUGAGUCCUUUAAUCUGUUUCAGAGGUUGCAUCUUGUGUUUGUUGUUUUUUCUUUUCGUGUUGGUCUCUUUGUUUCAGUGUGGAGUGAGUGUUGGUUUGCUUAUGUUGUUUUUUUGUAUGUAUCUUUGAUGUAAUA